AAACCCGGCCGCCCCUUUCCCCAGCCAGCACCCCUCCUCCGGCGACAUCUCUGCGGGCUGUGAUUGGACCACAGCGGGUUACCCUUUCCCCUCUAACCCGGUGAUGUUGACUAUUUCCUGCUCAUUCUGCUGGAACUACAGCCGCGCUGAGCGCAGUAGGAUUUCGCUCACAGGACGCUGCCCGCAUCUCCGAUAUCUGAGACUCUCAAAGCCGCUAAAACUCACAUACAAUUUCUCAUCAGAUUUACAGCCAUGCGAAAAAAGUCCAGGAUACUACUGUGCUUUGCCGUUCUUUGGGUGCUUGGCAUCGCUUACUAUUUCUAUUCGGGGACAACCUUGAGUCGAAAGGACAUCUGGAAUGGUUUUGACUCAUCGAACAGGAAUCAGGCCCACAGCAGUGCAGCUGACAGGACUCACGGCCUGGAAACACUGCCGCCAGGGAAGGUGAGGUGGCAGGACUUUGAUCAGGAUUUGUAUGUGGGCGCAACCGUGGUGCGUCCGGGACAGGACCCCUACGCCCGCAACAAGUUCAACCAGGUGGAGAGCGACAAGCUUCGGAUGGACCGCAGCGUCCCUGACACCAGACACGACCACUGUCGACACAAACAGUGGAGGACAGACCUGCCGGCCGCCAGCGUGGUCAUAACCUUCCACAACGAGGCUCGGUCCGCCCUUCUGCGAACUGUGGUCAGUGUCCUGAAAAAGAGCCCGCCACACCUGGUCAAAGAGAUUGUCCUGGUGGAUGAUUACAGCGACAACCCUGAAGACGGCUCUUUAUUAUCUAAAAUAGAGAAAGUACGAGUCCUUCGCAAUGAUCGUCGUGAAGGUCUGAUGAGGUCCCGGGUUCGAGGGGCGGAUGCGGCCACCGCCAGCGUCUUGACGUUCCUGGACAGUCACUGCGAGUGCAACGAGCACUGGCUGGAGCCGCUGCUGGAGAGCGUGGCAGAGGAUAAAAGUCGUGUUGUGUCUCCCAUCAUUGAUGUCAUCAACAUGGACAACUUCCAGUAUGUGGGUGCGUCAGCUGACCUCAAAGGAGGGUUCGACUGGAACCUGGUGUUCAAGUGGGACUACAUGACAUUAGAACAGAGACGGGCUCGACAAGGCAACCCCACCGCUCCCAUAAAGACACCCAUGAUUGCAGGAGGCCUCUUCGUCAUGGACAAGGACAAUUUUGAAAAGCUGGGAAAAUAUGACAUGAUGAUGGAUGUCUGGGGGGGAGAAAAUUUAGAGAUCUCGUUCCGGGUUUGGCAGUGUGGAGGCAGCCUGGAAAUUAUCCCCUGCAGCAGGGUGGGGCAUGUCUUCCGAAAACAGCACCCCUACACCUUCCCUGGGGGCAGUGGUACUGUCUUCGCCAGGAACACACGUCGUGCUGCAGAGGUUUGGAUGGACGAGUAUAAGAACUUCUACUACGCUGCUGUCCCCUCGGCCCGAAACGUCCCCUAUGGCAACGUUCAGAGCCGUCUGGAGAUGAAAAAGAGGCUGGCCUGUAAACCUUUCAAGUGGUACCUGGACAACGUCUACCCAGAGCUCAGGGUCCCAGACCACCAGGACAUCGCGUUUGGUGCUCUGCAGCAGGGAUCCAACUGUCUAGACACGCUGGGACACUUUGCCGAUGGUGUGGUGGGGGUGUACGAGUGCCACAACGCCGGGGGCAACCAGGUACCAUUCCGAGCUCAGGAGUGGGCUCUGACCAAGGAUAAAUCUGUUAAACACAUGGACCUGUGCCUGACCGUGGUGGACCGGGUUGCUGGCUCUCAAAUUAAACUCCAGGGCUGCAGGGAGAAUGACAGCAGACAGAAGUGGGAACAGAUCGAGAGUAACUCCAAGCUUCGGCACGUGGGCAGUAACCUGUGCUUGGACAGCCGGAGCGCGCGGACCGGGGGCCUCACGGUGGAGGUGUGUGGCCCCUCCCUCAGCCAGCAGUGGAAAUUCACCCUGAACCUGCAGUCCUAGAGCCACGCCCUGCCGCACCCUGCACAGCGGAGUCGCCGGCCCAUACAAACCUGGGCCGCACUGCAGAUGAGACUGGAGAGAAAGAGAUUUGGGACACUUACCAACAGUGGGACGGUGACGAUGAGAUGGAGGUGAUUUCCAUCCGACUAUAUACCUCAGUGUUUCAUCUUGGUCCAGCUUUUGCAUAGUGAAUCCUUGUUUUUCCGAUUCAAGUGAAAUGAGAAAUGUUUUCUUUUUUCAGUUUUUUCUCUGUGGGUUUUUUUUUUUUUUUUUUUUUUGCAAUCGUGAAACAGAUUAAUUGGAUGUUCUGGAAUAUCUCGCUGUGUGGAAUUCUGGGAUAUCUGGUUGAGUGGAAUGUAAAAAGCCUCCUCCAGACAGCGUCUGUUUAGUUUUGGAUUCCACAGGAUUUGGCGGGAGCAUCGCUGGGUUUUGGGACACGCUACUUGUAAUUGUUUACGGAAAGCUGCUGGUGGCGGAAGUGAACGGACUCCUCCAUACGGAACUUGCGCUCGAAGAUGUAAGCGGUGCUCAGCCCUGCUUCUCUGGAGUUUAUAAACAUGCUGGGGAAAUAAAGACCUGCUCCCUUUUCCACAAAGUGCACCCAGCCUCUCUCUCUUCGGUCAUUAGUACCGAAGGGAGCAGAAUGUGAACCAAAAACGGCCUUUUACUGCGGACUCCUACAUCAGAGGAACUGCCAAGACUACAGACUGACAGACGGACAGACAGACAGAAAGACAGUGCUGCCAGAGGCUGUGAAAAGAGGCACUGGCUGCUACUCUGUUCAGGCUUAAACUCCCCGCGUCAGUGUUGUACAGGAAAUAUUCACAUUUUUUUUUGUGCUUUUUUAAUCAUCAAAAUGACAGAAACCAGUACUCUACAGAAAAGUUUUAGUUUGAUUCCCUGUGUAGAAUAACAAACCCCAGGCCAAAUGGGCAGAUGUUUCUGUUUGUGGUCUCCUUAUGCUCUGUGUGAGUGUGGAGAUAUCUACCUUUGGUCCAUUUUUUCCCCCCUUCUUUGAGUAUGUGGCUCGUUAAUCUCACUGUUUAUAAUCGUGAAUAAAGUGACCUCUGGUUGUUGCGUAUUACAGGGUAAAGACAUAACUGAGUAUUCCGCGAAAAGGUUAUGGGGAAAUAUUGUCAAACGGAAUUUGUCAGUUGAACAAAGCAACCAUUUUAAAUCAAAGGUAUGAAAGCAGCAGGACGAACAGAAAGCAGCGAACUGUGCUGAAGGAGAGGAGUGGGUUUGUGUUGCAUGUUGAACUAAAACUUGAGUAUCAAUCCUAGUCUAAUCUUCAUUUAUUGUUGUUGACCAGCUCUUCAGCCACAUAUGAUUGCCUCUUUUGAUAUCUUUCAUACUGUAAGUGAGAAUGUGGCUUUGUGCUACAGCAGGAUAAUGCUGUGAGAGACUGAAAGGAAGACAGGAAAACUGUUGAAUGAACUGUACAUGGGGAGAAUAAGCAAUAAGACUUCCUUUUUACAGUUUUCUGUGUAGCUGCUUCAACUUGAAGCAUCUUGCUUUGAUUUAAAGGGGUGAUGGGAGAGUGGGGCAGAGCUAUAGUAAGCUAUCAAUCGCUGAUGUGUUGAAACCGAUCAAAAUCUUUUUUCUUGCCACAGCAAAAUACAAAGAUCGUAUCAGUGCACGUGACAGCUCCUUCCAUUUUAGAUUUCAUGAAACCUCACUCUGCCAUCUCUGGUGAAAGAAGGUGUCCAGCUGAAUGGCUCUUAUGGUUUGCUUUGGAAUGGACGUGGAGUAUAUGUUGUCAUUACCUUUCUCUUAGGGUGAAGGGCGUUUCAUUAUCACAGUGAUUAAUUUAUUCAUGAAGAGACGAUUGCGUAUUUUUCAUAUUGUAUGACUGUAUUUUGUUAGCCGUAUUAUAUAAAUAUAUUUUCUAUUCUCACUUAAAAGUACCAGAUCUUUCCCUGCCACCAGCCUGUACAGUGUGUAUAAAGGGAUUCCCUGAUCGGCUCAAGCGAGGCGUUAGAGGUCAGAGGGACGCCGCGGCUCCUUGUGCUAGCCCCUCUGAGAGAGUGCUCUUUGGUGGAAGGAUUAAGCCGACUCGAGCAUAAUGACAAUGACUCUGUGAAAGAUAUGGGGCCUCUCAGAUAGGAAUUACAGAGCUAAAAAUAUGGAUGAAGUAAGAACUUUGUGUGUUGUUGUGAAAUCAAUGCAAACAUAAACAAAGAUGCAAACUUUGAAAAGAAGUUUGUGUAGUUAACAUCUACAUAAUGGCAUAAUUGUGUUAAAGCAUUUUGAAUAAAGUCUUUUUUAUAAGAUGCACAUAAAAAGUAUUGUUCAUUUUAAGGUAAACGGAGAAAACAAAAAUAAAACUGAAUUCAUGAA